AUGGCGUCUCGAGCCCUAGUUGAAGAUGCAGCGCGCAUCAUCAAAGGCCUGUCGAUGGUCAUGUUCGAGGCCGCACGGAACGCUGGUCCAGCUCGCAGCUUGCGAGCGCGCGAGCGCCUGGCCAAGGCCGAGGCGGUGCAGACCUUUGAGAGGGAGAUUUUCGCAGUACGUCAGGGCUCGAGAAACCACCAGGAGGCAGCCGCUCCGGGUCUUCGUGCCGACGCUGGGGCGCAGGAGCAGCCUGGCCAGGAAAUCAGGGAAGCGGCUGCGGCAGUCAACCGCAGCGUUACCCGGGAGACUCAAGCAAGCACAACGAUGAACGCUUCACAGGAGAUCGACGAGGGCGUCAAACAUGCUACGUCCGGCGCUCAAGGUGUUCGUGAGCCCGCCCCAAGGAAGGAGGAUGCCUACCAGCACGAAUCAGGGCCGCGAGGGGACAUGUCCGGCACGAGGGUGUUGCGGGAAGCUGCAGUCCCCUCGAGUCCAGUCAGGCGAGCCGCCGGUUUCGUCGGCCUGGCCGCAAACUUGGCUUGGGGCACGGUGUCGGAGGCAGUGGGGAGAACGUGGGAGGGCGGCCGCGACGGGCGAGGUUCAGGAGGUGACGUCGGUAAUUCCGGGCAGGACCGUUCUGGAUCGUUGUUCCUGAAUCAGAGGAAUGCCUCGGUCAUCGCAGAAGAGUUGUGCAGAAUGCGGGGGGCUGCCCUCAAGUUGGGGCAGAUGAUCUCCAUCCAGGACGAGACUAUGGUGCCUCCCGUCAUCACCGAAGCGCUGGAGCGUGUCAGGCAAGGCGCAGACGUCAUGCCGAAGAAUCAGCUCGAGGGCGUCCUCGUGGAGGAGCUGGGCGAUAACUGGCGCUCGAAUUUCCGCGAGUUCGAGCUCACGCCAAUCGCGGCAGCGUCGAUCGGACAGGUGCACAGAGCCGUGCUUCACGAUGGGACUGUGGUUGCGAUGAAGAUCCAGUACCCAGGUGUGGCCAGGAGUAUUCAGUCCGACAUCUCAAAUGUACUCCGGCUGCUGAAGCUCGCGAACGUGUUCCCGCGUGGCCUCUACAUCGACCAAGCGGUCGCAGUUGCGCGAAAGGAGCUGGCUAUGGAGUGCGACUAUGAGUACGAGGCGGCGUCCCAAAAGCGGUUCCGGGCUCUGAUUGAGGAGGAUCCGGAUCUUCGCGGCCGGUUCCACGUUCCACGCGUCAUCGACGGGCUCUGCACGAAGCGCAUCCUGACUUCGAAGCUCGUUCCCGGCGUUUCCAUCGACAAGGUCGCGACGAUGUCUCAGGAAACGCGCGACAGCGUCGGGGAGAGGCUGUUGCUGCUGACCCUCAAGGAGCUCUUCGAGUGGAAGUUCAUGCAGACGGACCCAAACUGGGGCAACUUUUUGUAUGACGAGGAGGCUGAUGUCCUGCAUCUCAUCGACUUUGGUGCUGCUCGCGACUACGGCUCCGAGUUCGUGUCGCACUACCUCGAGAUGGUCAAGGCAUGUGCCGAGCAGGAUCGGUCCGAGGUGCUGUAUAGAUCGCUGCAGCUGGGGUUCCUGAGCGGCGAGGAGACGCGAACAAUGCUGGAUGCACACACACAGGCCGGCUUCGUGGUCGGGGAGCCCUUCGGAUGCGAGGGGCUGUACGACUUCGGCGGGAACACUUCGCUGACCAAGAGGGUCUCGCAGCUAGGCGCAGUCAUGCUCAAGUACCGACAAACGCCUCCGCCCGAGGAAGCGUACUCGCUGCACCGGAAGCUCUCCGGCGCUUUCCUGGGGUGCAUGAAGCUGAAGGCUCGCGUGCCCUGCAGGUCGCUGUUCAUGGAGACGUACAAGCGCUACCCCACAGGCCUCCAGUCUUGGUCGAACUCGACCAAGAGCAUCGAGGAGGAGUACUUCCCAGUUGCAGCGGGCGCCGAGUCGAACGUGUGA